AUGGGUACGACAGAAUCGUCACAAUCAUCCGAAUUGGGUCAAACAUUUCAUCGGCAAUCACCAAAUGUAGCUCGUCUAAUACAUAGUGAAAAUAGUCGUAGUCCACAAAUGGAAUAUGAAUUUCCUAUUGAUGGACAUUUAUCACAUUCACAUCAUCGUCGUGGUCUAGGAUUUUCAUCAUCAUCAUCAUCAUCAUCACAUCAUCAUUCUACACAUGAAAAUAAUAAUUUAACAACAAAUACAACAAAUAAUUUACAUCAAGAUAAUAUACAAACACAUAAUAAUAAACAAUCGACCGAUAGUGUAUGGUUAUCAUUUACAUCAUGUUUUGGUUGUGGAUCAAGACAUUCACAUACACCACCAAGUCCUAUGAGAGAAAAAGUACAUGCUAUAAGAAUUGUACGUGCAUCAAAUGAUUUAACACCUGCUGUAUUCGAUUCACAUUAUAAUAUUAUUACACUUGAACAAUUACGAGAAUGUGAUCAAACCGGUGGUAAUAAUAAUAAUGAUUUAAUAAAUAAUUCAUCUAAUGGACAAGAUAAUAAUAAUAAUACAGAUGGUCAGAAUGGUAAUAAUCAUACAUCUUAUUCGUUUAAUACAAUAACAAAUUCAGCACAAAGUGGAAGAACAAAAAAGAAGAAAAAACGUGGUAAUUCAUCUACAUCAGGUGGUGGAGAUGAAACAGUAUCAUCUCCUACAUCAACAGAAUCAAUGGCAAAUCAUCACAUAGAUGAUGAAGCAUUUCCGUUAGUUGAUCAUGAUUGUUAUUCUACAACUCAUGAAAUACCAUCUCAUUCAAAAUUAACAAUACCAAAACGUUUAUCACGAUUUAAUUUUCUUUCAAAUUAUGAUGAUACAAGUUUAUUAUCAUUUGAUCGUAAUUUAUCAACAACAAAUAUUAGUUCAAAAUGGACAAUAGUUCGACAACGUUUACCAGAUAUUUUAGCUAUGAGUGAAACAUAUCGUCCACGUACAGUUAAAGCACAAAUAUAUUUUUUACGUGCUCUAAUGCAUUAUAGAGAAUUAAUGAGUGAACAAGAAAUGAAAUUUAAUGAAGAUGAUAAUACAAUAACAAAUGUUGUUGUAGAUGUUUGUGGACGUAAACGUACAAUUAAAUUAAAACGAAUACCAGCUGAUCAAUAUGUUCAUGUUGAUAUUGAUGAUAUUAAUUUUGAUAUACCAACAAGACAAUUUAUUAUGGCAAUGAGUGCUAAUCAUCAUCGAUCAUUUGAUAAUACACCAUUAGCAUUUAUUACAAAUAUUGUAUUAGAUGUAUCAAAAUCAAAAAUUGUUAAAGAAGAUCAACAACAAAAACGUCAAAGAUUAGAAUUUAAAUUUGUACGUUCAACAUUUAUUGUUUAUGUUUUAUUUAUUGGAUUUAUGGUUAUAUUAGCACUUAUUAGUGCAACAAGUACAGUGUUAAAAAUGAAAAAUUUUUAUGAAAUAUCAAAACAAUAA